GCAGUCCUGCGGAUCUGUCUCUUGCUUCAACAGUGUUUGGAUGAACAGACCCAGGGACGCCCCUUCUACCAGCCAACAGCCACCCUCCAACCUUUUUUCCAGUCGCAACCUUCGGAGCCAUCUUCCUGGCCAUCUUCUGCCACCGGCAGUGAACACCCAAGUUUGAAUUUAAUUCCUUGUCUGGAAUCAACCAUGAGCUCCCGGAUUCGUCAGAAUUAUUCUACCGAGGUGGAGGCCGUCGUCAACCGCCUGGUCAACAUGCACCUGCGGGCCUCCUACACCUACCUCUCUCUGGGCUUCUAUUUUGACCGUGACGAUGUGGCUCUGGAGGGUGUGGGCCACUUCUUCCACGAGUUGGAGAAGUGCGAGGGCGCUGAGCGUUUCUUGAAGAUGCAAAACCAGCGCGGCGGCUGCGCCCUCUUCCAGGACGUGCAGAAACCAUCCCAAGAUGAGUGGGGGAAGACCCUGGAUGCCAUGGAAGCCGCCCUGCUUCUGGAGAAGAACCUGAACCAGGCCCUUCUGGAUCUGCAUGCCCUGGGUUCUGCCCGCGCGGAUCCCCAUCUCUGUGACUUCCUGGAGAACCACUUCCUAGAUGAGGUAAAACUCAUCAAGAAGAUGGGCGACCACCUGACUAACCUCCGCAGGCUGGCCACCCCCCAGGCUGGGCUGGGUGAAUAUCUUUUCGAAAGGCUCACUCUCAAGCACGACUAGGAGCCUCUGGAGACCAGCAGUCUUUGAGGGGCUCCUCUGGCAUCCCCCAGUGCCAGGGCUUGUGCCUGAACCUUUUCCCAUGCAGCCAUGAGGCAGCUUUUUAACAAUCCUGGAGCCCUUUCUCAAAACGUGGACCAAAUGGAGACAAUAAAGCUUUUUGCAGAAAAAAAAAAAAGAAAAAAAAAAAAGAAAAAAAGAAAUCAAACACCACUUCUGCAAAACAAGAAAAAUCCACCCUAAAAUUCAUAUGGAAUCUCAGGGACCCCCAACUAGCCAAAAGAAUCUUGAAAAAAGAACAGUGUUGGAAGUCUCACACUUCCUCACUUCCAAACAUACAACAAAGCUAAGUAAUAAACAGCUUGGUACUGACAUAAUGACAUAUAUAGGUGACACAUGACUGGCUCAGUUGGAAAAGCAUGUGACUCAAUCUCAGGGUCCUAAGUUCGAGCCCCACACUGAGUGUAGAGAUUACUAAAAUAAAUACUUAGAAAAUAAAAGGACAGACAUACAGACCAAUGUAAUAGAACAGAGAACCCAUAAAUAAAUCAAUCCCCUCAUAUAUGGUUAAAUUGACUAUUCUGUGGAGGGUGGCACUUGGAAACAAAUGGCACUUGAAAAACUGGUAUCUAUAGGCUAAAGAAAGAGAUAGAACCCCUACUUUAUGGGCCAAAGAUUUAAAUGUAAGAAUAAAACUAUAGGGGAUCCCUGGGUGACUCAGUGGUUUGG